AUGGUGACGCCGCUUCUCAAGGAAGUGAAGAAUUCCUCGGAGACGCGAGUAGUCCUGGACUGUGAGCCGGACCUCAUACUGGACGUUCUGCGCCAGGCAGACGAGGUCAAACUGAUGCACGUUUACCAGUCAUUUUUCAUCACUUCUCUGGAUGCCCACACUGUAGACUACACGCAGUUCCUGAAGAGUGGAAUAAAUAUCACAACGUUGCGUUUAAUCCAACCCGGGCGGGAGUCCGUCAUUAAGAAGAUGCAAGACUUUACUUAUGGAAAAUAUGACAAUAGAGAACUCCUGAAGCCAGAGAGAAUCAGGGUGGAAACAGCGUUGGCGUACGACGCAGUGCACGUUUAUGCAAAUGCGUUGUUCAAGCGAGAGACGGCUGUACCAGUGGCCGAUGAGAAUCUCUUCUGCAACGACAGCCUCGUGUGGGACCACGGAAUCAGCGUCCGUGAUUUUAUGUUGAAGAUGGAACACGAGGGCCUUACGGGUAACAUCAUGUUCGACAGCAUGGGGACUCGAGUCGGUUUCACACUUGAGGCCGUCGAGUUAUCCGCUGCAGGCUUCAAGCGUAUUGGCACAUGGACACCAGAAAACGGAUUCUCCUCAGCCAGGACAGAAAAGGAAACCAUCGAUGAUACUCUACACAAAAUUUCUGGCCGCCAUCUGAUUGUCGCUUCCAGAUUGGGUCCUCCUUACUUACGUGAAAAGCCAAAGAAGGUUCCACCUCGAAUAGGAAACGACCGUUAUGAGGGAUAUUCGAUGGAUCUAAUCACACAAAUCUCAGAGAUACUGAAUUUCACCUUCGAAUUCCAGCUGGUGUCAGAUGGCGAGUAUGGAACCUACAAUCCACGUACCCAGAGAUGGAAUGGGCUCAUUGGAGAACUCAUUUCCAGGAGAGCUGAUCUGGCAAUAUGUGACCUGACGAUAACUUACGAGCGGGAAUCAGUUGUGGACUUCACAAUGCCUUUCAUGAAUCUAGGAAUCAGCAUACUGUAUACAAAGUCAGAGAGACCGCAAAGAAAUAUGUUUUCAUUUCUGGAGCCGUUCACCAUCGAUGUCUGGAUCUACAUGGCUACAGCUUUCCUCGGAGUGUCCGUGAUGCUGUUUCUACUAGCACGAGCUACACCGUCCGAGUGGAAAUCGUCGCACCCAUGCUCUGCGGAAUCGGAAGAGCUGGAGAAUACACUCACCAUGAGCAACUCUAUCUGGCACAACUGUGGCUCCAUAAUGCAGCAGGGAUCCGAUAUAGCUCCACAAGCUAUUUCGACGCGGAUGGUAGCAGGAAUCUGGUGGUUCUUCACUCUCAUCAUGAUCUCUUCGUACACUGCAAAUCUUGCUGCGUUCCUUACAGUCACAAGGAUGGACUUCCCAAUAAAUAGUGUUCAAGAUCUUGCGAAGCAAUCCAAAAUUAAGUACGGAACGUUCGAGAGGGGAUCGACUGCAGCCUUCUUUCGAACAUCGAACGACUCGCUGUAUCAACGCAUGUGGACCGUGAUGAAGCAGGCCCGCCCAGAUGUGUUUACCAACGACAACAUGGAGGGGGUGGAGCGCGUCAAGAAGCAGAAGGGCGACUACGCCUUCUUCAUGGAGUCCACCACUAUAGAGUACCAAACAGCACUCGACUGCGACUUGCGCAAAGUUGGCGGUUUGCUUGACUCCAAAGGCUAUGGGAUAGCUCUACCUCGCAACUCGCCGUUUCGGACGGCUGUGAGCGGCGCAGUGCUGAUGCUACAGGAGCGCGGGAACCUGAGCGCUCUCAAGGCACACUGGUGGAAGGCGGAAGGCCCCGGCUGCGACAACACGGAUGAGGAUGGCGUGCAGAAGUCCAGCGACGAGCUGGUCCUACUAAACGUGGGCGGCGUCUUCCUCGUUCUGCUCGUCGGCACACUCGCAGCCUUCCUCAUCGCCAUUCUAGAGUUCCUGUGGAACUGCCGCCGGAUCGCCGUUGACGAGCAGAUGACGCCGUGGGAGGCGCUGGUGAGCGAGCUGCGCUUCGUGGUGCAGUGCAGCAACAACAGCAAGCCUGUGCGGCCCCGUCGCGUUGAUUCCACUUCCGGAACGGGCAGCUACGACGACUCCUACCUGCGGCAGUAGUGACUGGGGCUGCUCGCCACAUUACCACUACUAUGGGAACAGAAUGCAAGUGAAGCUGUAGUGUCUCACGUGCAUCGAAUACUUCCCUAUGCACCAUGGCGUUAGACAGCAGCUGUUAACAAUCAUAAACAGCAACCUAAUGAUAGAUGCACUUCAUUUAAUUUAUACCCCACAUUGUAAAUCCACUCGUAGGAGGUAUAUUUGACAUGAGAGGUAUACACUUUUGCACAAAAAAUAUUGUUGACUUCGUCUUCGUAGUAGGAGAUCUGACAUUCUUCCACGUCCCUGACGAAUCUAGCGAUUUUUAAAGCAGAAUAACAAUGUACACUUAAAUACUGUAGUCUUCUUGUUAGUAGAAUUUUUAAUAUUUAAACAUUAAGCAGUAAUUUAUUUAAUUAGUAAGAAUAUAAAUUUGUUGUUUUCCUAGUCGUAUUUAGUUCAGUAGCUGUUUAGGAAACUUUUCAGUUCACAACAUCAAGUACUAGUUACUCUUCAUCUGUUGCUAGGUCGAUCGACCCACUAAGAGAAGCCAGACAGCAGUAUUCUCCAACAGGACAUUUGGUCGUUUAAUGAUUAAUAAAUAAAAUACCUUUAUCUCUUCAUACUGAAUCCCUCUAUCACAUUACAUUACCUGUGCAAAAGGACUUCUGUGCUAUUUACUUUUACUCUGAUAUUAAUAUUUUUGAAGCUUCCUGGAAGAUUAAAACUGUGUUACAGAGCGGGACAUGAACUUGGGACUUUUGUCUUUCGUGGGAAAAUGCUCUACGAACGGAGCUACCCAAGCAUCACUCACAACUUCAGUUCCUGUAGUACCUCAUCUCCUACCUACCAAAUUUCACAGACGUUCUCCUCCAUAACUUGCGGGACUAGUACCGCUGGAACAAAAGGUAGUGCGGAGAAAUCCCAUAAGCACAGCCAGGGGGUUUGUGUCCAGAAAUAAUUUUCACCCUUCAUCUCAGUGUGCGCUGAUUUGAGAUUUCGUGGUGGAUUAAAAUUGCAUGCUUCGACGUAGCUCAGUUGGUCGAGCAACUGCCCACGAAGUCAAGUCCCGGUCCAACAUCAAGUUUUAAUCUGCCGCGAAGUUUAAACUCAACACGCCAUCCACUGCAGAGUGAGAAAUCAUAUCGUAAAUAAUAUUUUCAUGAAAGGAAGCUCGAAU